AUGGAUUCACCUAUUAAUAUAGGAGAUUUAACUACUCAGUCAAUACAACAGAAAUUAACAGAUACUAGUUUGAAUAAAUCAGAAGUUGUUACUUCUUUUCAACAAAAUAUUUAUUCUUCGGUUAAUUCAAGUAUAAAAUGUAUUCAAUUAAAUCUAAAAUUUAAAGAUGUUGAAGUAAUUAUAUUAAGAAGAGUACAGGAUUCAUAUAUAAACAUAAGUCAAUUAUUAUCUAUUUUGCUUAAAUUAAAUAUUUACACUAAGUCUCAAAUUGAUAAUUUUAUGAAUGUUGAAAUUAUAAAUAACUUAGAAUUUAAUGAAUAUAAUUCAUAUUUAGAUAUAAAGGAACCAAAUAUACUCAAAGGAAUAUGGAUUCCGUAUGAUAAAGCAGUGAAUUUGAGUAUGAAAUUUGAUUUAUAUGACAUGAUUAAACAAUUACUCCUAAUUGAUGUUCAUCAAUUUGAAGAAUUACCAAAAAUAAAUAAUAAAAGAAAUAAUGAAGAUAGUUCCACAAUUUUAGAAUCUCCAUUAAAGAAACAAAAAUUAGAAACUGAUUACGUUUCUAAAUUUCUCAAAAAUGAUAAUUUCCCAUUUAGUGAGCCUCCGAUAAUGCAUGAAAGUAAUGAAAUUGUAAAUGAAAUGAGACUGAAAUUAUCUGAAAUUUUUAAAGAAAAUGAAAAAAGGGAAUUGGAUAUAAAUUCAAUAUCAAAUAUACUUAAACAAAUAACUGAUAAAUAUGCAACUGAAUCAUUUUUCGAUGUGACUUUGGAUUCAAAAUUAAAUACAGCUUUACAUUUUCUGGGUACUUUAGCUUCAAUCAAUUUAAUCUCCAGUUUUAUUAAAUUGGGAAUUUGUUCACCUGUUAGAGGUAAUAUAAAUGGAGAAAAUCCGUUAAUUACUUGCAUACAAGUUAGAAAUUCAAUGGAUAUGGGAAAUUUUAGUGAAAUUUUAAGUAAAUGGUUAUAUCCUAACAUUUUCCUCUUUGAUAAUAUGAAUCAAAGUAUAUUACACCACUUAUCAAUUCAGUCAAAUGAGAGUUUUAAAUAUUACACUGUUAAAUUAAUUGAGUAUUUAAUUUCAAAUGAUGCUUUUUUCAUUAAAUUUAGGGAUGAAAUUUUAAAUAGUCAAGAUAAGGAUGGAAACACAAGUUUACACAAUGCAAUAGAACGUGAAAAUAAGUGGUUGAUCAAACUACUCAUCAAAUUGGGAUCCAAUGUUCAAAUUCAAAAUAAACGUGGUAUAAAACCUGAUGAUUUCAAGAUUUUAAAUGAGAUAGAUAAUGACUCAGAUGAACUUAUUUUCAAUCUUAUAGAUACUAAAUUAGACUUUCUUAGUAAGAGAUUUGAAAUUAGUCAAAAUAUUGAAGAAAUAGAAGAACCAAGUGAAAUAAAACCUGUGGAACAUGAAAUUAAUGGAAGUUCAAAUUCAAAUAUGAUUUUAUCCAGUAUUCAACAACUAUUAAACACGACCAAUUCCGAAUAUGAAUCAAUUCUAAAUUCAAAAAGACAAGAAAUUAAAGAUUUGGAUAAAUUGUUACAUGAUUCGACUAUAAUCACAGCUAAUAAUAAAUUUACAAGUAAGAAAAUUUCAGAGAAGUUAGUCAAAUUAGAUAAUUUAAAAUUACAAGUUGCUAAUUUAUCAGAUAAAUUAUUAUUAAAUUCACAAGAACUAAAUUUGGAUAUUCCUGAAGAUAAAGAAUUUGAUGCAGAUGAACCAUUUAUAAUAAAACCUAUUUAUGAGAAACUAAUUAAUGGUGAGUCUAUUGAUUCGUUAAGGAACGAUUCUUCUAUUCUUGAUUCAUUACAACCUAUUCCAAUUUUAAAAGCUAGAAUUCAAGCAUAUAAAACUAUAAAUUCAAAUUUGGAAUCUGAAUUAAGUACAUUAAUAGAUUAUAAUGAAUUGACUUCAAAAUUUAAAAAAGUGGUGAGUAUAUGUACAAAUGUAGAUAUAAAUGAAGUUGAUGAAUUAUUGGAUGGAUUAUUAGAAGCUGUUGAACAAAGUUGA